AUGAGCAAGCGAAUGAGGAAGAGGACCGCACUGGAAGCAACAGGUUUGGACUCGUCGCGGCGAGGGGAGGAGCGCGAGGGAAAAGGGAUCGUGAAUGCGGCGCCGGUGGUGGCUACACAAGGUUUCUUUUGUCUCUUUCGUGCGACAAAAGAGAACACGACGAUCUCCACGAAGAGGACGACGGAGGCAACGGCGACAGCGAAGAGGGCGACGGAGGCAACGGCGAUCUCCACGGCAAAUCUCAGCUCGCGCUCACCUUCGCCAAGAUCGGCGUAUCGGUCAAGGACCUCGCCUCCUUGCCACCCGUCGCUGACGCCGGCGCGGAGAAGAAGGCCGAGCGACUCGCUCUUAGGGUUGGCGAGAACCUCUUCAAUUUCAUGCAGUACUUCUGCGGGAUUGACGGAAGUCGGCUCGUCGUGCCCAUGGAUAUCCUUGACCGGUGGUUCAAGAAGUUCCAGGAGCGAGCCCGGAAGGAUCCCAGUUACCUCAAAGGUUUUGCCUUGUGACAGACAGGUGCAACAACUUGAAAGACACAAAGAUAUUGACAAACACAUAAACCAUCAUUUCUUAUUACGAGAUGAAGAGGAUUCUGGUGAAGAAGGAUUAUAGAAGUUAUCUCUAGAUCACGAGGAGUUGUUCUUUAGACUUUCUUUUGUGUAACUUUCAUGGGAAUAAUUAUUUUUUUAUUAUCAAAUUAAUGAUAGAUAUGUAGAUAUUUCUGUUAUUGGAUGAAUGUUGGAUGCACUUCAAUUAAUGAUUAUAGA